CGUUAGAGUUUUUCAGUUUUAUUUCAGCCCUUGUUGGAAAGAAGACAUCAGAGCAACUCAUCAAUUGUCUGAGAAAAUAUGCGACAUUCUUAUCUCGCGAUCAUUUUGAUUCUUCUUCUAGAGUCGUUACUAAUUGACGACUCCAUGUGCAGCAUGGUGAAACGAAGAGCACCCGAUGGAAAACUUUAUGUAUUUUCAAAGAGAGAAGGAUGCGUGUCCGUGCAAAGUGCAAGCCCUUGUACAUUGAAUUGGAAAUUGAAUACAUACAUUGCCAACGUUUACGAACAGGAAAAUGAGAUCGUUUCAGAUGCGCUCAAACUCUAUGCUCAACUUGGCUAUUCAUCUACAUGCAGAAAUGCUGUCAAAGAAGUCUUAUGUUCACAAGUGACACCGAAAUGUUCCGAAAGCAAUUACAGUCGAGAUUAUGGAAAUGUAACUAAGCUGUGCAACAACCUUUACUCUUAUUGUCCUUCAAGUUUUGUUAACAGUUUGAAGACAAACAACUGUUGCACGAAUUUGAAAAAGGGCAGACACUCUUACGGUGAAUGUGUUGCCAACACUGCAUACGUUACAGGUGCUUGUCCUCAGCCAAUGUUUAAGAUGACAACAGAGUUCCUUGAAGAUUAUCGAAAGAAGUCUGCUAGCGUCCAAAUGUUUUUGAAAAAUAUUACAAAUCAACGAUACAGUGAUGGAGGAAGGAUUUUUUCAGAUGCUUGUGUUUCACAAAUGAGGGAGAUCAGUUGUGUACCUAUCUAUUGUUCAGCAAAUGAAACUGAGCUCCUGGUAGAACUGGACAGUAACGAUUGCAACAGAGUAGUCCGUGACUGUUUCAAGGAGCCAUUGCAAAGAUUGUCGCCAUCAUCUGAUGUUGGGAAGCUUUUGAAUACUUUAAGAAAUCAACUUGGAACGUCUUGCAACAAAUAUCCAGCGUCUUCCUCUGACUUAAGAUUUGCACCCCCACAGAUUGCUGGAAACUCAUCUCUGACCAAAAUUUUACCAUCGGACAAUUAGUAGCUAUUUAAGCGAUAGCUUGUAACCGUUACUCCAUUGUACUAGUAAAAGAAAGCAGAUAAUAGUUUGAAAAAUAUACUCACUUUACACGAAGUUAAUGGACUCGUUAACUAUAAUAAUUAAAUCGAAGUUAAUAAGAAAAUAGGUAAAUGUAUGAAAAAUGGUAAUGGUUGAUUCAUAUUACAAGUCAAAAAGGCAA